AUGUUUGUCAAUACAAAUAACAGCGUUUAUGUCGCUAGUUAUUCGAAUGGGAUAAUUCAAGUGUGGCUUAACGGAAGUACCACACUUACAGGCAGUUACUCGGGUGGCUUAUCCCUGCCUUAUAGCGUUUUCGUUACGGACAAUGGUGAUGUUUAUGUCGACAAUGGCAACGCAAAUUAUCGAGUUGAUAAAUGGGGAUGGAAUUCAACAAGUAGUGUUCCAGCAAUGUAUACGUGUGGACAAUGCUACGGUCUCUUUGUCGAUAGCAAUAAUAUGCUUUACUGCGUAAUGGGUGCGUAUCAUCAAGUUGUCUCGAAGUCAUUAGAUACACGUUUAAAUGUAUGGAAUAUUGUCGCAGGUACAGGUACAGCUGGAUCAACAUCGGUUACACUUAAUAAUCCAUGGGCAAUCUUUGUUGAUAAUAAUUUAAACUUAUAUGUGGCUGAUUAUUCAAAUAAUCGAAUUCAAAAAUUUGCAUCAGGACAAUUAAAUGGAACAACAAUAGGAACAGGAGCUAUUAUAUUGGCUGGUCCAACUUCAGUUAUACUUGAUGCUGAUGGAUAUAUCUUUAUUACUGAUAUGAUAAAUCAGCGCCUUAUUGGCUCAGGACCUAAUGGGUUUCGAUGUAUAGCAGC